GACAUGUCAUUCCUAAUGCCUUUUGUUUUCAAAUAAUAAUAACAGGAGGAAAUUUUUGGUUAGGGAAAGAAUUAUUUCGAUUAAUUCGUGAGUUUCGACACUUGAUUGAAUAAAAGGAUGGAUUUCGGUGAAUUGAGAAAGGAUGUAAAUUUUACUAAUACAGUGAACAACUUUUCGAACGCUUUGGACAAGAUUGAAAAAAGUCUGACCACUGCCGUUGAAUUUAAAGACUUUGAUGAACUUUCUACCCAAGAAAGAGUAAAAAUGGAUAAUUAUUUAGCAUAUGCCAUAAAUUCGCUGUAUUGGAUGCAUUUGAAAUUGCGUGGCGAUGAUCCCAAUGAGCACGGCAUUAAAAAUGAACUAUCACGAGUGCGUCAAACAAUACUUCGGGACAAACAAAUAUAUGAACGUAACACCAUUCGACCUGUAUUAGAUAAAGCCGCUGCCGGGCGGUUUAUUAAGCAUGGCCUACAUGUGAGGUUUGAUGAAAAUGGAGAGCGAAUAAGAGAUUGUUCCUCAAAUAAGACAAACGAUAAUGAUGAUGUAGUCAUGAAUACCUAGCUGAUUAAAAUAAUUUUAAAUCAAUAAUCUUGAACUUAUAUUUAUUGUAGUUAGUUAUAUAAAAACAAUUAUUUAAUCUAUGCUCAUGUGUAUGUAUAUGCAAAUACAUCUUGUCCAAAAAAAUAUUUUAUUUAGAAGCUUUGUUAUAAUGUAGUUUUUGAUAUAUAUAAACUAAAAAAUUACACGUAUAUAUAUAUUUGGCCUUCCGAAUAGCAGCACGCAAUGCUAACCACCUGGCCACGGCAGCCUUGAAAUAUACUUAGGAUAUUUCUUAGACUAACCUUUUUUUAAAAUUAUUGGCAAACUUUUUAAACAUAUUGUUAAGAAUUAAUUACUGCAAAAUUUAACUUUGUUUGGGUCACAUUGUUUUGUACAUCUGUGAAAAUAUUUACUUUGUCGCAACUGGGGACUGGAGUGUUUAUACGGAAAAGUAUUUUCAAGUGUGCAAUAAGGUUUCAGCGGUUACAAAAAGCGCCAAUUAUAUAUCUAUAUACAUAUAUACUUAUAUAAGGUUUUCAAACGAUUAUUUAUGGUUAAAUAUUUGAUGAUUCAUCUACGAAAUUCAAACGGUGAUGAAAUAACGUUUUGAAAUACGUUGAAAGGCUGAUUUUAUUUUCAAAUGUAUGAUGCAAUUAAAAUUAUAACAUGAAAUUCAGUACGUCAAGAAGUAUGUAAAAUAAAUUUUACGCAAAAUUAAGGACCUACAUA